AUGCCCAUCGCAUCCACCGCCCCCGACCCCGCCCUCGCGCGCGCCCGCUCCCUGCGCAAACCCUCCUCGACCGCCCUGCGCAAUAAUAAUGUGUCGCCGAGCCGCCGGGGCUUGUUGCCUGUUAAGAGUCAGGCUGGGGCUGGGACUGGGGCUGGGUUAACCAGGACUGGGACGCCUGGGCCGCCACGCACAGGAACACCGGCUCUGGGGCCGACGAGGACGGGGACACCAGGGCUGACGAGGACAGGGACGCCAGGGCCGGGAACGGGUUUGAUGAGGCAGUCGUCGAUGAAGGUGGCUGGCUCAGGUACGGCGGUUGGGAAUGGGACAGAUACGGGUAGUAGGGCGCCUACACGGCUGGGGAGGAGCGCGAGUUCGGCUGCUGCUACGGCUGGGGCUGGGGCCACGGCGGCGAGGAGUGCGCGACCGGUGUCGGGGGUUUAUGGAGGGGGUGUGGCUGGGCGGGAUGAACGACGGGUUACUCCUACUUCUACGUCGACGUCGACGUCCACUUCAACAUCACGACCCAGUCUCGGAGCUGGUCUAACAGCAGCGCGUGAGACGAAGGAUGGUGUACCCGCCCCCGGACACGCGCGCACCGCCUCGGCGCGACUGGCGUCUCUUUCCGGCCGGCCGUCAACGCCGGGUGUGUCAGCGGCUGUUGCGCGGCGGAUGUCGUCCACUAUGUCACUUGCUGGGCAGGCGAAAGCGGCAGCCGCGGGUAAUGGUGCUGGUGCUGGUGCUGGUGCUGGUGCUGGCGGGUCAGGUGGUCCGGCUGGGCCUCGACAUCUCCGGUCCAAGUCGUCUGUGAUUAACGGUAGCAGCAGCCUCUCGGGCCCGACUAUGCUGCGUCCCCCGUCACAGGCUUCGACUGCGAGUUCAUCUACUACGACCACGACUACUACGGUAUCCAGGAGUGACCGCGCCCGGCCACCACUGACGAGUGUCACGCGCCGCGCGCCUGUAGGGGCCGGGUCCGGGUCCGGGUCCGGGUCUACCUCUGCCGUCCCGCCAUCACCGACUUCCGCCACUGCAUCGCGCCGACCGCUGUCUCUGUCCUCACUCCCAGGCACCGGGCCAGGCCUCACCCGACGCCCGUCGGCAUCCGCGAGGCCCAGAGCGGCUGGUACAUCUACCCCCACCCCCACAGCCAUGCCCACGACUGCGACCUUCCCCGUGUCUCCGACAAAACGCACCACCAACCCUAACCCUGCCGCCUCAACCUCAAAUGUGACGGCGAACAACAACAACCCCCCCGAAACAACCCGCCUCCAAGCCGAGCUCCUAGCCCUGCACCUCCUGCACCGUGACGCACCCUCCGUACGAGCCGAGUGGAUGGGCAGUGCGCGGGAGGUACUGCACGACCGGUUUGAGGCGCUCAAAGUGCGCGAGGACGGGGUGAGGGUGUUACGCGGGGAGGUGGAGGGCGCGAGGGUGGUGGGGGAUUUGCUUGCUUGGAGUCAUUUUGGAGUUGGGACUGGGAUGAGUGGUGGGAAUGGGCUAGAGGAGAAGGUCGCUGUGCUGGAUGGGAUUGUGUCGGGGUUGUGGGCUGUUGUUGGGGGUGGAGGAUGUGAUGAUGGGGGGGAUGAGACCGGAAGAGGAGGGGGAGGAGGGGGCAGGUAUGAGAGGGUGGAGAGGGGAUUUGAGGCUUGGGUUGGGGGGGUGGAGAGGGCGGUGCGUGGGAGGAGGGUGCUUGAUGAUGAUGAUGAUGGCGGUGAUGAGGACGAUACCAACCCCAACGCCAAGCUGGAUACUAAUACCGACAUCUUCCUCCCCCCGCUCUCUCCCGCCUGGCGCGAGGAACACGCCGCGCUGGUCCGGCGGCUGAAUGAGUGGCGUCGGCAGUUGCGUGAGCUGGGGGAUGUACCUGAGGUUACUCCCCAGCCACCACAGCAACACCCGGCGGCAGGAGAACACGGCGGAAAUGCAGACGGGGAGGAAACCCAAAAAGGAGACAGAGAAGGAGAGGGAGAAGACGGGGGCUCAAGCCUCCGACGUAUCCUAGCUGGUUGUCGGGCACUGGUGCAUGGUAUGUUGGAUGAGCUGGCGCUGAUGGAGACGGUGGAGGAGGAGGCGAGGGCGGAUGAGAUGGCGUGGGUUAGGGGGAUGAAUCGGCGGGGGGUUGAUCAGCGGGAGGGGGUAAACGGCCUGGGGAGAGAAGGCGGCGUGGAAGUGGGUGUUUCUAGAGCGGGGGCUAUUUGGAGGGCGUUGUGA